AUGUCGCGAUCUGUGUUGGGUUUGCCGCCGACGCUGAGAGCCGAGCGUAACCAUGGCGGCAUCGCUCAUAUUACGCAGGACCAGCCCCAGGAUUCAAUUCUCCUGACCACAUCAUCUCCACUCAGGGCUCUGGAUCGGUACCAUGCGCACCGGUAUCGGCUGCUAUGGAGAAGAAGCAAAUUUUUGUCAUGGUUUGACGGGUAG